AUGUGCCAGAAAAUAGUAGGAUAUGACGCCAACGCGCUCUAUCUCUGGGCUAUCAUGCAAAACAUGCCCAGCGGAUCUUUUACGAGACGACGCGAAGAAACCAACUUCAAAAAAGAAAGCUCCACCAAGAUGGCCACCGAGUGGUUAGAGUGGAAGGCACAUGAGGGAGGAAUUUUUAUACGCCACCAAAUGAACAAUACAGAAAAACGCAUAGGUGAAAGAAGGCUCCCAGUGGAUGGUUUUCACUGUCCUUCGCAAACAGUCUUUCAGUUCCAUGGCUGCUGGUGGCAUGGGCAUAACUGCUACCUAACUAAAGGAAAAGAAAUUAAUGAAAAAAGAAAGAAACCAAUGGCUGAGCUCAGGGAAGAAACUACAGCAAAUUCAAAGUAUAUCAGAGAUCAAGGCUACAAUCUCGUGGAGAUGUGGGAGUGCCAGCGGCGCCGAAUGAAAAAAACUAACUCUGCAGUACAAUAUUUCAUGAACAGAAAGUUUCACCGACCCCUUGACCACUACCAGACCCUGGAUCAAAAUCAGAUCAUAAAAGCUAUCAGAGACGAGUCUCUCUUUGGUGUUGUCGAGUGUGACAUCACAGUACCUGACCAUCUGAAACCCAAGUUCUCCGAAAUGUGUCCAGUCUUCAAAAAUACGCAGAUAUCUAAAGAAGAUAUUCGUGAAUACAUGCAAACCUUUGCCGAGGAGCAACAUGUCAUGCCUCAACCUCGUGGAAGUCUAAUA